UUGAGACCAUCGCCAUCCGUGUUUCGUUCAUUUAAUUUACAUUUAACAUGUAGAAAUUAGUGUGAAAACGUGCAGUACGUAAUUUUUUAUUAAAAGAAAAGACGACUGUCAUCUGGACUGUAAUUUGACAUUUCGCUCCAUAAAGAUUUCACAUUGUUUCGCAGAAAGAUAGUAUUUUACAAUUUUAUUUUGGUUUGUGAUGGGUACUUAUUUAUAUUGAAUCUAUUGACUGGAAAGAUUUCUUAAGGAUAAAAAAUGAGUUCCAAAAAAGUAAAACGUAAUUUGGGAAAUAAACAUUUUCCGAUAGCAGAGUCUGUUAGUAUAGCGCUAAAGAUCCAACUUGAUAAAUUUCUCAGUGAUGAUAAUGAAACAGAAUUAAAGUUCCCAACGUUUCUGUCUGCUCAAGAGCGCGGUUUUAUUCAUGAGACUGUCGCAAAAUUGGGCCUCAAAUCAAAAUCGCGAGGGAAAGGAGUAAAUCGGUAUUUAACAAUAUACAAACGUUCAGGCUCUACAAUAAUUCAGAAUGAUGCCAAGUUGAUAUUGGAUUCAAACAUGAGAUGUACAAUAGCAGAGCUUUUUAAUGCAUAUCCAAUCACUAGUAAGGAGAAAGAUGAUUUGAGUUGUUGUCCAGAAAAAGAAAGGAGUCCACAGUUGGCUCAUAAAACACUUGGACAAUUGAAUAACGGAGUUGCUCAGGUGCCAAAUACAACAUACAACCCUGAUUUAGUAAAGUUUAGAGAAAAAUUGCCAGUAUAUGAACAAAGGCAGGAUCUGCUUUCUGCAAUUGCCCACAAUCAGGUAAUAUUAAUUAUAGAUUAUAUUUUAUUAACACAUUAAUUUUUGUUACUUUUAAAUAUAAAUAUAUAAAAUCAGGUGAUAAUAGUGGCUGGUGCAACGGGUUGCGGCAAAACAACCCAGUUGCCACAGCUAGUGUUAGAGCACUGUCAGGAGCAGCGACUGCCCGCGCGCAUCUAUUGUACGCAGCCGCGUCGCAUAUCUGCCGUGUCUGUCGCUGAGCGGGUGAGAUUUUACUCUAUAAACAUCAUAAUACUUAUAAUAACAGUAU